CAAAGCUCCGCCCGGCCUGCACCCCAACAUCGAUCCAGCAGACUGCGCUCAGCCUUCCAGGACCUCAUAUCUAGCACUCUCGUGUGAGAGCAGAGAGUCUGAAGAUGGUCAUCAACCCAACAUACCUCGCUCAACGGGCGCGGACGUCCGUCAAUUGGGCAGAUGCGCGCCGACGUGUUCUCAAAUCCUAUCGCGAAUGGCUCAGAGCUGGCCCUGAGAUACAAACAAUGUACUCCUUGAACAUGCCAGUCUCCAAGGUUCGAACGAAGGUCAGACAAGAGUUCGAGAAACAUAGAUACGUCAACAAUCUACAAGCAGUAGAUGUGCUGCUACAGCAGAGCCAGGCGGAAUUCCAGGAAACCCUGAAUUUCUGGAAACAAACGACGCAUGUCAUGAAAUACUGGAGGGCGGAAGAGGACGAGAACGCCAGAUUACCAAAGAACUUCAUCUCCGGAUUCCUUGAGGGACGAAAUUAACGGUCAUUAUGUCGGCCAUUGUAUAUAGCUAAACAGAAACCCGGGCGCCGUCGCCAUGCAUAACCAACAUCGAUGAAUCAUCACGAUUGCUUUGCGUCAAACUCGUCUCGCGCUUCGGUGAACUUUUCCGAGAUCACAUCGCAAGCCUCCAUCAUAU